AUGCAACUAAUCAGCGGCACAAUGGAUCUCGACUCUAAUUUGCCUCCGGCGAACAUGCGGAUCAUAGUCUUAUGGAGAGGAGCAACGUCCAGUCUGGAGAUACCCGUAGCUACACGAAUUAUCGAAGUGAAAGUACUGAUCUGUGAAGCGCUUCAUGUCCCAGUCCCAGCAGACAGGCAAGAGCUCUCAUGGGAAGGGCAGUUCCUCGAGGAUGAACUGACUCUGCAAAACUAUCACAUUCCUCCUAAUGCUUCCCUUACUGUCCUUACCAAAAUUGAAGUCAAGAUCUACUUGGAGUAUAGUCGCUUUUAUUAUGUGUGUGUAGUCUAUGAUGGUAAUACCGUGGGGGAGUUGAAGGCGAAACUUGGCGCAGAACAAAGCAUUGACGACAUUGAACACAAGGUACUCCGAAUGAACGGUUUUGAUCUUGAUGAUCAUGCUCUUCUCUGGGCUGCCGGAGUUAUGGAAGGAACUAAGUUACAUCUCGUUAAGUAUCAAAACCGUAGGUGA